AUGGGGAAGAUCAUUUUCUACGAGGACAGGAACUUCCAGGGGCGCUCCUAUGAGUGCAGCAGUGACUGCGCGGACCUGCACCCCCACUUCAGCCGCUGCAACUCCAUCAGGGUGGAGAGCGGCAGCUGGAUGGUAUACGAGCGCCCUAGCUACAUGGGGUACCAGUACUUCCUGAGGAGGGGCGAGUAUCCUGACUACCAGCGCUGGAUGGGCUUCAACGACUGUGUCCGGUCCUGCCGCAUGAUUCCCCAGCAUCAAGGAUCUCACAGAAUGAGGAUCUAUGAGCGCUCAGAUUUUGGCGGUCACAUGAUGGAGUUCACCGACGACUGCCCCUCACUCUAUGACCGCUUCCAUUACAACGACAUUCACUCCUGCAAUGUGAUGGAUGGCUACUGGAUCUUCUAUGAGCACCCCAACUACAGGGGCAGACAGUAUUUGAUGAGGCCUGGAGAGUACAGGAGAUACAGUGAAUGGGGAGCCAUGAGCCCCAGGAUUGGCUCAAUGAGGCGCAUCAUGUAUUAAAAAACAUACUAUACAAA